AUUCGUGAAAUGGCUGAACGAGAGGGUCAAUCUCCAGUUAUUAAUGUUCAACUUCCAGCUAUCAAUGUCCAUUAUGGGGAGGAAACAAGGUUUGCUGGAGACAACGUUGGGCAGAAGACGGAUGGUAAUGCUGCAAAGAUUCGUCAGGUUGUCGUUCCAACACCAGGCAACUCUAAAGCUACUCAGUCUAACACUCUGCAACAUACCUCGGACCCAACAAAUGUUGUCAAAGAAUCAGAAGAAGGAAAAGUAAAGAAGUCAUCUAUGCUGUUUGUAAAAGACACCAAGCCUACAUUGGCAUCCUCUGACGUCAAAGAAUCAGAAGAAAAGAAAGUAGAAAAUUCGCCGAUGGGGUUCGAAGAAGACUCCAGUCCUACAUCGGGAUCCUCACCUUCUGACGUCACACAGUCGUUUGACAGUAUGGAUUUGAGUGGCGGAAUGAUGGAUUUCUUCGCAUUUGAGAAUUCGCGUCAUCUCAUGCAAAAUAGCCAGUUCACCAAAGCUGUGGAUCUGAUGGAAGAUCUAUCGCCGUCACCAUGUCAACAGCUAAUGAUGUCAGAAUGUUACUUUCAACUUGGAAGAGAAAGAAACGCAUUGAGGUGCGUUGGAGCGUUACAAACAAUGAUGACGUCAUCACCGAGACCUAAAGUCGGUGACGUCAUCAGAUUAGUUGAUAAUUAUAUUUCUGAUUCGUCUCAUAUUCGUGCAUUGAUUUUCCUCUCUUGUUGUGCUAAGCUGUGUAAGUUCAAUCCGAACCCGAAUGAUUCGGUUGCUGGGAUUAGGGAUUGCGCAUUUGAAUGUAGCGAUGUGAUCAAAGCUAUGGCUCAGGAAGGCGAUAAAAUGAAAGCAAUUGCAACAGAUGUUGGCUUGGAAAUGAUCACUGAUAUGCUGAGAGAGUUGAGAUCAGUAUCGGGAGCUGAUAAGGAUAGGAAGGCGAAAAUGGAAGCGAGGUGUUUGAAUGAUGUUGGCAGGAGUUACAAUAAUGUGGGUAAAUUUAAGGAUGCGAUCGAAGUUUAUAACACAGCUAUAGAUUUGAUGGAAAAAACGUUUAGUUCGAACCCUGCAAAAUAUACGGUGUUCGGGGAUCUAUUAAACAACAUUGGUUUGGUACAUCACUAUCUUGGUGAUUAUCCCAAGGCUGAAUCGUUUUAUUCGCAAUCUCUGGACGCUUAUGAGAAAGCUGAGAAUCGGCCUAGUGAUGAGGUGAAACAGGAAAGGGCAAAAAACAACUUGAAAAUCACUCGAGACAAAAUGAAAAAGUGAUUUCUGAAUAAUCCUUGUAGUUAAGGACGCCAUAUUUCCAUGUUUUUCAUGAAAAUUUAUUCGGUAUUUGUAAAAUUGAUGUCGGAAUAGUUUUUUCGAAUUAUCAUCACCUCAAACUUUUUGUGAAAAUCAUUAA